CCGAAACUGGUCAGGUCGUCUUCUUCGUCUGGGCUCCAUAUUUUCUCGUUUGAUCUCUGGUUCUCAGUCGGGAAUAGGAUUGAUUGAUAGGCAUGCUGGAAAAGAUCGGAUUGCCGGCGAAGCCUUCUUUGAGGGGCAAUACUUGGGUCGUAGAUGCUUCUCAUUGCCAAGGAUGUUCUUCUCAGUUCACCUUCAUCAAUCGCAAGCACCAUUGCCGGAGGUGUGGGGGGUUGUUCUGCAAUAGCUGCACACAGCAAAGAAUGUUCCUACGGGGACAAGGUGAUUCACCUGUCCGGAUAUGUGAGCCAUGUAAGAAACUCGAAGAAGCAGCACGGUUUGAGUUGCGGCAUGGUUACAAGAAUAGAACUGCAAAAGGUAGUUCCAAAACAAUCCCGAAGCAUGAGGAUGAUAUUCUCAAUGAGAUUCUGGGUACUGAUGCAGAUGUAUCUUCUUCAUCGAGAUCAGUCUCUAGUAUGGACAGAACCUCUUAUAAAUCAAAGGCAAGCACUGCUUCUAUUCCAGAUGUUACAGAAACUGCUAGAAAUGAUACCACAGAGUCACAAUUGGAGACAGUGCUAACUAGUCCUGAAGAAUUACGUCAACUAGCAUCGGAGGAAAAGAAGAAGUACAGAGUUCUUAAAGGAGAAGGCAAAUCUGAAGAAGCCCUAAAAGCCUUUAAGAGAGGUAAGGAGCUCGAAAGGCAAGCUGAAGCAUUAGAGAUAUCUUUAAGAAGAAACCGGAAAAGGGUACUGUCCUUGGGAAAUGUUACCGAGGCACCGAACAAGGAUGCUGUGAAAGACUCUAGUAAGGCACAUAAGCCUCUGCAUCAAGGAGGAAAAGAAAAGGAUGAUUUCGCAGAUGAGCUAAAGGAGCUGGGAUGGUCAGAUGAUGAAGAUAAAAAGAUAGCAACAAUAAGUGUGGAGGGUGAAUUUUCAUCUCUGCUUCGUGAAGUACCCAUGAAGUCUAGCCGAGAAAAAGGUCACGGUAUUGACAAGACUCAGGUCAUUGCCCUUAAGAAAAAGGCCCUUAAGCUGAAACGCGAAGGGAAGCUUGCAGAAGCUAAGGAGGAACUUAAAAAGGCUAAACUUUUAGAAAGAGAACUUGAAGAACAGGAACUUUUGGCUGGGGCCGAAGACUCGGACGAUGAGCUAUCUGCACUAAUUCGCAGCAUGGAUGAUGACAAAGAAGAUGACUUGUUAGGUCAAUUGGAGCAGAGACGUGAUUUUGAUGUUAGUAACCUUGUGGGAAAUGUAGAUAAUCUUGAAUUUCAUGGCGACUUUGAUGUCACAGAGGAAGACAUGAUGGACCCAGAUAUUGCUUCCGCUCUGGUAUCAUUAGGUUGGGAUGAAAGUUCGGAACAACAUGACAAUGCCAAUUCUCAACCUACUCCUACCAACAGAGAAGAACGUUUAGCUGAAAUUCAGUCAUUGAAAAGAGAGGCCCUCAAUCUAAAACGAGCAGGAAAUGUUGCAGAGGCCAUGGCUACAUUGAAGAAGGCAAAGUUACUUGAGAGGGAAAUAGAGGCUGUUGAUGCGUCUAAUACGUCAUCAAAGACUGUUGAUACUGCCGGUGCUCAAAGUGACUUGAGUCUAAAACAUCCGACAAGAAGCAGGUUGGCAAUCCAGAGAGAACUUCUUGCAGUGAAAAAGAAAGCUCUUACUUUGAGAAGGGAAGGAAGGUUAGAUGAAGCCGAAGAAGAACUGAAGAAAGGAAUGGUUCUCCAGAAUGAACUCGAUGAGAUAGACAAUUUGUCAAAAUUAGCUGCGGCAAGAAAGGCUGGAUUUCGAGAAGGGGAUCGUGGAAAUGAGCAAACUUAUAUUUCUGGAAAUUCUCUGGAUGAUGAUGGAGAGGUCGAGGUGAAAGAUGAGGACUUAGAUGAUCCAGCAUACCUUUCAACUCUAAGGAGUUUAGGAUGGAAUGAGGAAGAUCAUUAUUCUGCAGGUUCUUCGUCAAAAGCUUCUGAUGCGGUGAGUAGGCGUCCCGAGGUAGUAACAGAAACUCAAAACGCUGAUGAUAUCCUCAGUGCAGUACCAAAAAGAAGUAAAGCUGAAAUACAGCGGGAACUCUUAGGUCUUAAAAGAAAAGCACUUGCCCUGCGACGGCAGGGUAAUUCUGAUGAAGCGGAGGAAGUUCUGAAACAGACAAAAAUUUUGGAAGCCCAGAUGAUGGAGAUGGAUUCAGGCAAGAAUCUUCAACCUAAUGGAAAUCAGCUGAAGAAAGGAUCCAUUGAUCUUCCUAUUGAUACUCGAGUCAAUGAAGGAGAUGAUGACGUUACAGAAAAUGAUUUGAAAGAUCCAGCGUUAAUGUCGGUUCUUAAUGAUUUGGGGUGGAAGGAUGAAGAGCCUAAACCAUUACAACCACAUGAAACACCUAUAAACCGAGUCAUCUCCAGCUCUUUGCAGACCAGUGGUCCAUCCAGAGCAGCCAAAAGCAAAGGACAAAUCCAAAGAGAACUUUUGGAUUUUAAAAGGAAGGCACUUGCAUUUAGGCGUCAAGGGAAAACUGAAGAGGCCGAGGAAUUGUUGAGAAAGGCGAACAUUCUGGAGGCACAAUUGGCUGAACUCGAAUCUGCCAAGAGUGAGCAAACGAUUGAUGCUUCUAGCAACGUGAAGAUGGAACCCGAAGGCUCACUUCCAGUAGUCAGCUCUCAGAAGAACUACAUGGAUGUUGAUUUAUUAGCUGGAUAUGGUAAAAAACAGGCCGAAACAGAGAAUCUGAGAAAUGACCAUUCAUCUAUCCUUAGUGCUUCUCAGCUUGUUCAAGAAAAUUAUAAUUUGUUAGGAGACUUUAGUUCAUCUUCCAAAGCAGGUUCUCCUAGCAAGUUGAGGAAGACUGAAACUGGAAUUGCUUCUCAUCCCGUUCAGCAAGCGAAUAUGAUAGAUCUGCUGACAGGUGAUCAUGGCGAAAUCUCUCAAAUAGCUGCAGCGAAGGGGAAAGAUGAGACGGAUUCAGAUUUGUGUGUUCCUUCCCGGUCUGAGCCCCGAUCUCAUCGCGAAUCUGCGGCAAAUCCCGAGAGACAGAAACAAAGGAAUCCAGACACCGAGACAAGAGUGUUGCAAGAAGGUUCGGAGGGGGAUAGGUACCAAAAAAGUCCUGUUCAGAACAUGUCUCCACAGGAUGGCCAACAAUCACUCAGACAAGAAAUUCUGGCCCAUAAGAGAAAGGCUGUUGCUUUAAAGAGGGAAGGAAGAUUGAGUGAAGCCAAAGAGGCAUUACAACAAGCUAAGUUGUUGGAGAGGAGACUAGAAGGAGAAAAUACUCCUCCUGGUAAAGCCGAGCAAGGUGAUCUGGUUUCUUCAGCGAAGGCUCCUACCGUACAGAAAGAGAAUAGCCCUUCUCCUUCAAGUUCAUCUCCAAAGCCAUUGUCCAGUCGUGACCGAUUUAAACUGCAGCAAGAGUCACUCAGCCAUAAACGUCAGGCCAUGAAGCUUCGGAGGGAGGGUCUGUUGCAAGAAGCUGAAGCAGAGUUUGAACUGGCGAAAGCUCUUGAAGCACAGCUAGAGGAAUCGAUUUCUCAUGAACCCUCUAAAUCAGAACCAGUGGACGAAGUGUCUGUUGAAGAUUUCCUCGAUCCUCAACUGUUAUCUGCUCUCAGAGCCAUCGGACUGGACAAUUCUUCGAGCCCGCAGACAAGAACAGAAGAAAAACCUGGUGGUAAGAAGGCGAGCCAUAAUGCAGUGAAACCAAACCCGGUGAAGGAGAGUUCUAACGAAGAGAGAGCCCAAUUGGAGGAACGGGUAAAAGCGGAGAAAGUAAAAGCUGUGGCUUGAAAACGUGCAGGAAAACAAGCCGAGGCAUUAGACGCUCUUCGACGGGCAAAGCUCUAUGAAAAGAAGCUAAGCUCUCUUGCUUCUUCCAGCUGUUAACAAAUUCUCAAUAGACUGGGGAGAUUCAUCAGAUAAAUUUAAAUUCCUGAAGAAGUUGAUGCUACUCAAUUGGAGACUGAUACGAUAUGUGUUGCAAAGCUUGUGUUCAGAUUCAUACAAGUCAGAAGACAGUCCACAUGUACACUUGUUGGGGUCUGUUUCCAAACAUUUGAACUCAGAUUGUGGAUCUUGUCCUUUACUUCGUUCAAAGAUUGUGUUUAAAUA